AUACUUUUCAAAAACUAGUUAUUUCACACCGGAUAAACAAGGAGCCUAAAUGAAAAUUAUUGGUGGUUUACAACAAGGUGCAAGGGGUUGGAAAGUUGCCACUAAAUGUUGAAGAUUAGUGGGUACAUAAUAAUAGGGUUACAGAUCAUAGUUUACUUGGCACUCAACUCACUCUAGGGUCCUACUCAUUCAACUUAUUUCUUCUCCCCUUUCAUCCUUCUCAUAUUCUUUGGUUCCUGCUUUAGCAUUUGCAUAAUAACAGAGCUGAGUGCAUGCCAUAACAUAAUCACUCACUCCACCCAUCUUCUCUCUCUCACAAUGCAGAUUUCCCUCCAAUGAUGGUUCCUCUCGCUGUGCUUCACAUUUGCAGAAAUGUAACAAAAAACGCCGUGAUCAAACUUCUAUUGACAGGCCUGAUACUUGUUCUUUUUACCAUCACCCCUCUCUAUAUCUUCAACCCCUCUUCACCAUGGCCAUCACUUGAGAGUAUUAAGAGCAUAAACUCUUGGAAGAAAUGUGAUAUAUUCCGCGGGAAGUGGAUUUGGUACCCCGACAACUCUUACUAUACUAAUGCAACAUGUCGCGAAAUCUUUGAUCAGCAAAACUGCAUCAAGUUUGGCAGGAUUGACACUGAUUUCUUGAAAUGGAGAUGGAAACCAGACAGAUGCGAGCUCCCUCUGUUUGAUGCAAGGAAAUUCUUGGAGCUUGUGAGAGGGAAGUCAUUGGCAUUUGUUGGGGACUCUGUGGGGAGAAAUCAAAUGCAGUCAUUGCUCUGCCUCCUAGCCAGUGUGGUCUAUCCUGUAGAUGUUUCAUAUACAACAGAUUCAAGAUUCAAAAAGUGGUUCUAUGUCAGCUACAAUUUCACACUAGCUUCAUUUUGGUCACCUCAUUUAGUUAAAGCCAUUGACACAGAGCCUAAUGGCCCGACCUACAACCGUCUGAUGAACCUCCACUUAGAUGAGGCCAAUGAUGUCUGGUCGACCCAAAUUGAGUCCUUUGACUAUGUGAUCAUCUCAGCUGGAAGAUGGUUCUACGGACCGCAAGUAUUCAUUGAAAAUGGCAAGGUUGUGGGCUGCCAUUUAUGCUUCAGAAACAACAUCAAGAACCUCACCAUGUUCUAUGGAUACAAAAGGGUGUUCAGGACUGCUUUCAAGACCCUUAUAGGACUCAAGAAUUAUAAUGGGGUGACAUUCUUGAGGACCUUGUCACCAGCACAUUUUGAGAAUGGAGAGUGGAAUAAAGGAGGGAAUUGUAACAGGACAAGGCCAGUCUUAAGAGGAGAAAUGAAACUGGAUGGAGAUGAGUUAAAAAUGUACUUAACUGAAGUGGAGGAGUUGAAGAGAGCAGAAAGAGAAGGGAAGAAAAGGGGUUUGAAGUUUAGAUUAAUAGAUGUAAAUGAAGCAAUGAUUGUUAGACCUGAUGGACAUCCAAAUCAUUAUGGGCAUUGGCCACAUGAGAAUGUGAGUAUUUCUGAUUGUGUCCAUUGGUGCCUGCCAGGUCCUGUUGAUACUUGGAAUCACUUCUUGCUUCAGAUGUUGAAGAUGGAAAUUCAGAAAGAAUAAUUUUAUUUUCAGCUUUACUGCCAAUGUAAAAUUGUAGGAUUUCUUUUUUUUUUUUUUUUCUCCUUGCAAAUUGUAACAUAAUUAUCUGAAUAUAUAGCAUUUCAGAGUUAGAUUUC